GACGCAUUAGAAUUAGUAUGUAGCUCUUUCCAUCAUAAAAAAUAGUGACGUGAGACUGUAGCUGGACCAGGAUGCAUGGGUAGUCAAAAAAUUGGAUCUAUUUUGGAAAAAGCUCUCCAGCACUCGUUUGUAUUUGUAUUUGAAAGUAAGAGUCUCCGACGAAUCACCACGAUAUCCAAGCCAUGAAUCUUUAGUUCCGUUCAGCGACUCAAGCAAAUCAAAGCCGCCAGUACUAGAAAUAACUUAUCACAAAGGGAGUUUAUUAGGGAUAGUGGUUGGCUACUUCUAUUGUCACUGGUAGAACAACGUGUACUAGAACUAGAACAAGGUUGUGAAUAAUUUCUCAGAAUCUGAAUCGAAAGACGACGUGAAAUUUUCGACGAGGUUUGUUUACUUACAGUUUGGAGAAGCACGGCUGGCCGCAAAAUCUUUACUUUGGGUUAACCACUUCUACAUCUACAUACCUCCGCCGCUCUUGGGACAAGGAUUACGGCUGUUUCGAUUUGUUUUGCUUGGAGUACCUCCGAGGGCGCAAACCUAGUUCUCCGAUCAUAAAUUGAAACGGCAAUACCGACUCGGUCUCAGUUGAGCUUGAGAUUUUGUUUGAAUAUAGACGAGACAAAUUUUUCCCGGUUUGCUCUGGUUGACGCGUGAAAGAAUCAGAAACCGCAUCACUCGCCGCGAUAGUGGUACGAGUACCUGGAGCAACAGUAGAACAAUUAACAAGCCGCCCGUCCUCUUCGUCUUCCCCCGCUCGCCUUUCUUCAAUUUCGCGGCCUCUUCUCAACCUCCGGUAUCUAUCACGACGACGUCACACAUACAUUAUCGUGGCAAUAGCGAGUGCGAGAGCAACUGUAACGAUAAGCAGCGACGCGCGAACCUGGCAGGAACUUACUGAAUCCCCCGUGUCGCCGGUCGAUCGGGAUCGCAAAGACUUUAUUACUCAUCAUUCGCUGCAAGGCACGACAUCCAUCUCCCGGCCACGCGAGCGUGACCGUGUCGCCGACCAAAAGUAGCACUAGCAGGAGAAACUAACACCCUGAAGCGGUAUUAGAGAAGACUCCCUAGCGACUCCGACCGCCGAAGCUUCAACAUUUGCGAACAAGGACUUGGGCUUCGUGUGUCAGUUAAAUUUUGACGACAAGAAAACGACAAAAUGGCGGGCAUCGUUAUCCUCAGUAAAAUCGCACUCAUAUAUACCAUAUUUGUCAUGGAGUUCUUGCAUGUGCCGGAUGCCUCAAAUGAGCCGUGAGAGCCAAUCUCUAAGUACGGGUUUGUGGUGGAAAGAAACUACAACUUUGCAUUCUGGAAUCAGCAUGAGAAGCAUGAUUCGUGACACAGGCACAGCGGACUAGCUACUCACGACUGUGCCGUGGAUGCAAAUUUGGAAUGUGGAACUCCCAAGACUGCUAUAAUGACGUGCAUUUUUGCCACACCGGAUAAUCGACAGCGAGUAUUCAUUUUCUCUCACCACGUUCUCCCAGAGCGGCAAGCUGUUUCAAAUAGAAUACGCCUUGGCAGCUAUCAAAAUGAAAAACCCCACUGUCCCAUAUGUUGAAAAGAAUAGUACGGACUUCUUUCAAUUUCUGACGGUCGGAUUGUGCAUACUAUAAAUCGAAAUUAUUCUGCCGUGCUAGAAAAGAAGAGAGUGAACUGUAGUAAUGAGUAAGAACCACUCCGCGCUCGCGGUGCGGACAUUGGCCUAGCAAGAGAAAUUGCCAUCUGGCGCGCCCCAUGUUAGCGCCACAAAUCACGAAAUCAGCAUGAACAAUCUCUGUUUUUUUCGAUAUUGGGAGGGGCAAUUUUUCCUCAUGAUAACAGCCGUGGAAAAUGGAGUGAGCGCCCUCGGAAUCAAGGCAAAGGAUGGAGUCGUGUUGGCUACGGAAAAGCGACUACAUUCCCCCCUGAUGGAUCAGCAGACGUUCAAGAAAAUUGACAAUCUGUGCAAGGGCGUAUUGGAUUAAUGAUUUUUUUUAUAAUUUCUAUUUAUUGCCACUCUGCCUGUCUUAGUCUUCGCUAAUAAUAUUCGUCAUUAUUCCACCAACGGAACGAUUUAAUGAGGGUGUUUCAUUUUCUCGUCUCGGGGAAAACCUGCAUCCUUUUCUGCUCCGUUUUUGUAAUCUCAACUAGUUUCGCAUUCCCGGUCUUCACACAUUUUUCUUUCAAUAAAAUCAACUACAGGUUGGCACGGUAUACGCGGGCAUGGCCCCCGACUACAAGGUUCUCUUGAGACAGGGAAGAAAACGGGCACAGAAUUACACCGGUAUAUGCUACUAGAAGUCAUGUUGCUUAGACGUGUAGAGGUAGACGCUGUCACUUUUUUUGCUUUUCCGUAUCUUACGGGUACUAUCACUAUGGCAUUCUGGUAGAGGUAUAAGAAGGUAGUGAUUAUGAAACAGUGGCUCUAUCAGAUUAAAUCUGAUAUGGGCAGCACCACGUAGCGAAGUGACACGUCACUUUCAUUUUGCCCACCCGGAAGUCAAAGCGCUACGAUUCCCAAGCCUAAUAAAUAUUUUCAUGCUAUGUGGUGCUGGCUGCCUGAGAACAAUUAUUGCUUUAUAGGGGCCGUGCCAUCGGGUUUGUAAAUCUAGAUUGUACUGCUUAGACGGCCGUGAUACUGAAUAUCAAUAUGUAUAAAAGUUGGCUUUUCGUCGUGGUCAUCUUUCUCUUCCCAAGAACGCAACAGAUAGAUGUGUAUGCCUUUUGUACGACAUAGAGAAAAGCAUAGCGUUCUGUUUUGAAAAAUAGAGGCUUGGCUUGGUCAGCGAUCGGAGGCCCACAUGCCGAAUCUGUGCAAUCUAUCACAACAGCGCCAUAUGCAUAUUUUCUACACAUCUAUAUAAAUAUAAUAUGCAAUAAAUAUUACCAAAACGACAGCUAUUUAUGGAGAGGAGAUCCCGUGUGGCCAGUGUACCCGGGAGCUAGCCAACAUUAUUAUCCGUGGCAAAGAUAAAUAUUACCGUACACCGACAUGCACAAAAACAAAAACAUGAUCGCCAACAAGCAAGAACACGCUAUGCCUGCAUCAUCCUUGAAAGGAAAUUCAAGUUUAUAAGUUUUCUUUGAUCUGCAUGAAUUCCGAAUCUCGUGCUUGUCCGUCAGGGAAUGUGGUUGAAGAUUGUGUGUGUCUGGGUACGGUAAAUUUUGAUUUCUUGUGGAUGAUUUUGCAGGAAUUUACGCAAAGUGGUGGCGUGCGGCCCUUUGGCGUCUCUAUGAUGGUUGCAGGGUACCAUAACUAUUUCUUCAUAUAUAUGAAUCUGAAUGAUGUACACAUGUGAGAUGAAAUCGAAAUGCAAAUUGAAACUCUUGCAAACCUCAAAAAAAAACUGAAGGAUGUUUUUCGUCUGAAGGUUCAAAGCGAGGGUCAUAUAUUUUGCAUCUUGCGACAGCGCCAGCUCUUCUAUUGUCCGAAAAGCAACAACAUUCAACCCGCUACUUUCUGAAUUUUCAGAAGGUCUGAACAGGCCUUGUUCUGGCAUUGGUUUUUCAAGCCUUCUGAAGGUCCGCGAGGGUCUCUUCCACCUUUGACAAAUUGCACAACAGCUGCAGAUGAAAGCACUAAAGAACCUUCUCUGUGGUGAAAGCCUUCCAAUGGUUUUUAAGUGCGCCACAAGGAAAAACUUUGUGCUUUUUUUCCGUGCUUAUGCUUUUUUUGCCGCGAACCUUCAGGAAGAAGCGUAGGGUUGAGCAGAUCCCUGCUGCACAGCCACCGACUUCUGAAGUAGAUUGUGCGACUUCUUUGCAGCAGACGAGGCAGCAUUUUCAUUUUGCGCGCUGGUAAAAUAUUCCGACCUAGACGGUCGCCAAAAGCGGUCGCUUCCGCUGCAGAGCGGCCUCAAGCCACCUACUCCUGCUUGGUUUCUGUUUUUUUCUGCAAGAACCACAGCCGUGGAGUGCCCGAGCUCUAUCGACCAUGCACCAACUUUUUCCAAAGAUGCUUGAAGUAUUUAACGCUCCUGUGACGUCAUCCCAGGCGGCUCUCCUCUAGCUCUAUGUGCAGAAAUUGAAAUUAAGUACAUUAAACCCUUCUUGCGCUUGCGACGCGGUCCCCAGGUGGGCGAUUGUCGCCAGGUUUGGCCGGUCGUUCCCAAGUUCCAUCCGGCCAGCGGGCGCGUGGGUCGCGGAUAAACGUGCCACUUUUUACACACCGACCCGGCCGGCCGGAUGAGAGUUUGGACGGCAACGCCUCGGCCGACCGCGAACUUGUUACGCAGCUCCAAGCGAAAUUUGCUCCCCGUGGGUGUUUGUGCUGAAGAUCAUUUCAUUAUUUUGGGUGCACCACAGACUUGCACCCGCUUCGGCUUUUUGAGGAAAAGGACAAAGUAGCUUCUGUUUCAUGAAAAUCCAGUUAAGGUCACGGCGUCGUUGAAACAGAAGAUAAGAUCUGGUUUAAGUCAAUGAGUGUUGAUUUCUCGCUUCACGACCACCAGAGUCACUAAUUUAACUCUCAUCAGGUAUGACAAAAGCACAAAGUCGCCUCAGCUGUUUCAAGUGGACCCUUCAGGAACGUUUUUUGGUUGGAAGGCCAGCGCCAUUGGUAAAGUUUAUGCAACAAAAGAACGCACCAGUUUCAGUUCGUUCUACUUUUUUUCCACUUCUUGUGCCGGUGUCGUAAUCAAACACAUACCUAGUAUUGCGUAAGCGUACGUUCACAUUGGCCGUGUUAUUAUUACUUAAAGAAGCCGCUGCUUCGACAGCACGGAAAGAACGGAAUGAAAACGAACUAACAACCACCGCACAACAGGCAAAAACUACAAGUCCAUGAAAACCUUUCUGGAGAAGCGAUACCGAGAAGAUCUGCCUAUCGAAGACGCCAUCCAUGUCGCCAUCCUGAAUAUCCUAGCAAAAUUUUGAGGCAACCACCUGUAGUUUUGAUUUUACUAUAUUCAGUCUUAUCUCGUCGUCGUCGUCUUCGUCAUCUGUCCGACGAGGGUACAGUAUGUAAGUAGAACGAAGUGGAAACGCAACGAGGGCGGCCCUGGCGCUUCUGUUGAGGAGGUAUGACGAAUUAUAUGAUAGAUAUUUAUAAAGAUGUCGCUGCAUGAUCAGACUGGUACACGCUGGUAAAAUUGAAUUUGAGUUUGAGAACUCAACAGUUUGUGUUUGCUUGGAUAAUCCCAUUGCGCGAAAAUGCGGAAGGGGCGCUCACCUCCGAGAACAUAGAAGUUGGCGUCGUUCGUAUGCAAGCAAUCAGCCAUGAACUCACAAGCUCAGGACUGCAUCGACUGGGCAUGCACAGGACAGACUUUCUUUUUAGUCACAUCGCAAUUUUUUCCGAGCCGUUUUUUCAUGUUUGCCCUACUUUUUAUGAAUUUGAAUUCCAGCUGCUGCCGCUUGCACAAUACUUACCGCAUGAUGACUGCAAACAAUUUUUGCUAUGUCUUGCUGUUGCAGUCAGGAAUCAAUGUGAGCUUCUUCCUCCCGAUAAUUCGCGAUGACGGGAUUUUUCGAGUGCUGACGCCGGCAGAAGUCCAGGACUUCCUGGAAGAGGUAUAGCACCUAUUUUGUAUAAAUGUUUGCGGCAAUUUAUCUCAAGAGCAAGGAGAUCGCAUUUACAUCUCUUCCACUCAACGAGUGAUUUCCGUAUUUGAUGGCAGAAAAGCGGAUCCACCGCGGUCGUCCUCCCACUUUUGAGUUGCAUGAGAUACUAUUUUGAUGUUUACAGAUACUACAUGAACUCCGACUAAUAGAACGUCAUAGACGGGGAUCAGAUGAGGCAGCGAGACUCUGUUUUUUCGGUGGUUCUUUCUAGCACUGCUUCUUAGCUACAAAUUGAUCCUCUAAAGGUUAAGGUUUUGAUACAGCAAUAUUUAUAAAUCUCUUAAUAGGCGGAAUAGGGUGGUUGACGGUGAACCCCAGUUGAGCGUCUUCGUCUUGGGCAGAGGAAGCUUAUCAAAUGCAAAGAUGUUUGGUUCUGGAAGAAAUAAAAAGCAGACACCUGUCACGCAGCUUUUGCACCAUCUGCUGCAUGAAACAAGUCUGCAAUGCUCAGCGAGCAUGACACAUGAUGCUUCUCUAUUCCUAGUAGUCUGCGUAAGCAAUGUCCCCUCCUGGAGACAAAGAGCUCGCAUCUUUUGCUGCCUGCUAUGCAAGACCAACGCGGACUUUUUUUUCCAGCAUCUCUCUGCGUCACAUUUUUGAUCCCGCCAGACUCAGACAUGUUUGCAGCGCAUAAGGCUGGCGCUGGAGCGUUGACAAGUGGCGAGGCAGUGACUCAGCGGGCAUUAUUUGAAUUCGCGACGUUUGUCAAGUAAAGGAGUUUUUCAAAUUAUAUGUAGAUAGUGCGGCGUCCACAUCGAAAAUAUGAGGAACAGAAAAGCGCGGCACACGUCAGACACCCUGUGUCAGUGCGUUGGUCGUCCUGUUGGUAUUAUUCUUGAGCGUUGAAGACGACAUUAUGAUCAAGUCAAGUACUAUCCAUUAUCGACGUGCGCAUUGACAAUAAACGGCAGCUUGAAGAGCCUUCAGAUCUCGGAUAGCAAAGGAGCAG